UCGAGAGAGGGAGGCCAUACGAAAUACUGAACCCCAUCUCCCGUUCUCCUCGGAAGGAAGGGUUUCAAGAAGAGAGAGAGAGCUUGAGGUGCUGCAAGAUGAGCAUCAGGAAGAUUGGGCUUGAGGAAGGAUGGCAGUACCUGGAAGAGGGGAUUGCAAAGCUCACGAACAUAUUGGAGGGAUAUGAUAGCAGAAGCAUACUGACAACAUCUGAACUUAUACAUCUUUAUGAUUGUGUCUACACACUGUGUCUACAGAGGCCCAAACCCUGCCAAGAAGUAUAUUGUAGAUUCAAGAUGUCACUGGACCGAGCUGUCUCAUCAUUGGUUUUGCCCUCUUUGAUGGAUAAAGACAAUGAGGCUUUGUUGCAAGAGCUUGUUAGAAUGUGGUUGAACUACCAAGUUAUGGUUAGGUUGCUGUCAAUCAUUUUUGGCUACCUUGAACGUUGUGAUACAAUCCAGGUUCCAGUUCCUCCACUAAAAGAUGUUGCUGCUAGUUGCUUCUGCAAUCUGGUCUGUCCAGCAUUAAGUGGCAAAAUAAGAAAUGCUGUGAUUUCUAUGAUUCAUCAAGAACGUGAAGGACAGAAGAUUGAUGUUGAUCUAUUACAAAAUUUUAUGGGUUUCAUUCUGUAUGCUGGAAGAGUUCAAGGUUUUUAUAAGGAAUUUGAAAAAGCCAUUUUUGAAUGUACUCUGACUUAUCAUGUUCAAAAGGCUUCUGAAUGGAUCAUGGAGUGCACCCUAGAAGAUUACUUGCUAAAGGUUGGAGAGUGCUUGACGAGGGAGCAUGAGAGACUCUCACGAUAUUUGAUUUUUAGCAGUUCCUUUACCACACCGACUUCACUGGAGGUUGUUGAGUCGCAGUUGUUGAGCGUGUAUGAACACCAUUUAAAAGACAAACAGCUAGAUGCCAAUAUCUCGCUUCAGACAUACAUGGAUGUAUAUAAGGAACUAUUGCCUAGGUGUUCCAGCUUGACUCUCGGUGAUGGAAACGUGGGUGCAGCUCCAUGCAUGGAUAUGGAGUCGAAAAAGACUUAAAACGGCAUGCUUAUGAAUAGAUCUAACUUUCUUCCAUCUAGAAAGUGAAUGACAACUAUGCAGUCUGCAGAUCUCACUAUGACUUUGCAUAUGAAAAGGAAAUGGAUUUAGCAGAGGCUUUGAAGUAACCGAUCGCUUGGACUUUGUUUACUUUGGUGGUCAGACAACUUGUCCGCGUUUACAAUCUUUCCAAAGUUUCCUUAUCAUUAACCGUAAUCGCUACCUUUUGUUGCUAUAUUCUCUUCGAUCCUUUUCUUUAUAGCUGGUGAGAAUGCCCUCAAAAGUCUUGUUUCAGUGAAUUGUGUGAAGUCUUUAUCAUUAAUUUCAUAAUAGCUCACUAAGCAUAUGAAAGA